AUGACGGAGGAAGCUAAUCUGUUCCUUUCCAAACUUGUUCUCCAGGGUGAAUCGAUUUUAGCUGAAAUAUUUCGAUUGUCCAGUUUCGUCCCAAAAGAUUUCCGAGAUCCAACAAAAUCCACCAAAUUUCGAAGCAUCGUUCAACUCGAUUUCAAAUAUUUGAGCAAAAAGGAACAAAUCGAAAAGGAUUUAGAAAAGAAUCUGCGUCUUCAAUCUCAUUUUUAUUCAAGUUUCCAACCCGUUCUAAUCGCUUUUGAGCAAUUGUUUUCUUCAAUUGCUGAGUUUGUACAGACAUUCACUAAAUAUGCAAAAGAUUUUUAUAAUGUAGAAAAAACGGAUGUCAAUAGAACUGCCGAACUAGAGGUAACCAUAUGUGGAAGUGAAAUAAUACUAACUGUUAUUUUUCAGGCUUAUUGUUUGUAUAUAUCUGGCCUUCUCCUAAUCUACCUCGAUAUGUAUCUACCUGGGCCAAUCCGAGAACGAAUUUAUAUCGCAAUAUAUCGAAAAAGCGAUGUAAGAGAAAACGCAGAGUUCUUAGUGGAUUUUCUAAAAGAAGUUUCUGCAAGCAACGAUUCAAUGAUAUCGUUAGUUAGAGCUUCUGAAAAAUCAAAACGACCCAGGCUAUCUUCCAGAAGGAUUCCACUUCCCGAGAAAUUCAUUCGCUCCACUUUUCAUACUAUCGAAGUGAUGGAAGAGUCAUCUUUACCAACACCUAAGACUCAUUUGAUGUAUGUGGCCCUCCAGUUUGACCGUCAAACUCUAUCGAAUGAUUCAGCAAGAAUGACUAAAAUCGUUAACUCGAUUUUUAGAGAGACAUGGGUUUGUUUUAGAAAAAAAACACAAUUAAAUUGUUUUCUGAGGUUUCAGGUUCUAAACUUAGGUUUUGGAGCAAUAUGUAACGUUUUCGAUGGUUGGUACAACUACAAGUCAGCUUGGAAUGCACUCAACGCCACGAUUACCCAGCAAGAAGCGUAUCGACUACUGGAGAAACACCAGAAAGUGGUAGUAGACACUCAUUUUCCAAAGGUCAUCAAUGAAAUGGUCCAGUUCAACCAUCACCUUCAACAGAUAACUGCGUAUAAUCGGUCUUUGAAAUGGCUCUAUCUUCAUUCUCGUCCAUCGCAAAAAACGACUCGCCCUCUAAAAAAUCGUCCAAUCACUGAUGAUCAGCUGUUCAAAUGGCUUCUGGAUGUCUCUAGAUUCGAGCUCUUGGCUCUAAACCUUUACAAGACCACUAUUGAGAAUCGAGAGACAGAAGGGAAUCGAAGAAAACAAAAAAUAAGAACAAGUUUGAAUCAGCUGGCGGAAUUUUUCGAGCAUGGUUUUGUGAAAAUGGGAGAAACCCAAAAGAAUAAUUUUGUAAAAUGGGUUCGCAGUUUGAGCGAAACAGUUGAGAAGAUUGAUUUGAAUGAUGCUAGAGAAGGUGUGGAAACAGUUCAACAGAUCACACGAAGAGUUAAACAAGUUGGAGAACUACUGGGUCUUUCUAUAAAUAUGACAUUGAAGGAAUGUCUCUCAACUCUGGAUUCAGAUCUACGAUCUCUUCUCUCUGUUCUUUCCCUCUCUGAUUCGAUUGUUCCUGAUUUAUAUGCCAAAAUGGAAGGGACAUAUUUAUGGCCAUUGAUAUCUCAGCUAACUCCACGUAUCCAGAAAAAUCUUGUUGAUACCUCAAACACUGACGUUGUUCGGCAAAUCUUCACAAAGCUAUCCAUUUCGUGUUGGAUUCUGAAAUUGAAGCUCUCCGAGUUCUCCGAUCGAGACAACGUGGCGAAUCGAAUUGCAAAUACUUACUCGUAUUCGCUUGAAAAACAUCUGAAAACAGUUCUCCAAUCAGUUCCUCAGCACAUGUUUGAGAUUAUGUACAAAGUGAUAAUGCCGGGGUUGGGCAAGAAGUUUGAGCCUUAUAUUGACAAAACAGAGCUUCGAGAGAUUGGCGAUUUCAUAUCAAGUUCAAAAUUGGUGGAAACGACGAGUCUAAUUGCAAGCACAAGUAUGGGAAUAUCAAGGAUGAUGUUAACUAGAGUCGGAACGAUUGAAAUUAAUCCGAAGGAAUUGUUAGAAGAAGGGAUGAUUCGACAACUGUAUAAGGAAUUGAAGAAAUUAUUGUCAAACUCAUCAGCAACAGCGUCAAUCGAAAGUCUUCUCAAAACCUGCGAGAGUGUGGAAACUCUGCGAUCUUCGUUCUUUUACAUCUGCGAUUAUAUGAAUUUGAAUGGAGAACGUAUUUGGAGCGUGGCCAUGGAUGACUACUUCAGUCGGAUAUCCGAAGAACGAGCAUUUGCGAAAAGUUCUGGAGAGCUUGAUAAAAAUGAGAUUGCUGCUCUGUUUAUUCGAUUGACAAAUCCAAAAGUUUCGCGGUACUGUGAAAGCACAUUGAGCUGGAUGGAUUUGAAACUGAGCAAGAACAUUUUGCACUUUGAUAUUUUUUAUCAAAUUGAGAACAUAAUUCCAUUCCAUGUUCUCACAAGUAUCGAGACUAAUGUUACAGUAGAACUGGAGAAAUUGCUCAAUGAAUACAUAUCAUCGGCUCGCCAGCUUGGUGUCAGUUACAAUCUACAAAAUGCUGUAUCUCAUCAAAAUUCGUAUCAAUUUUUCUCGGGUGCCACUUAUGAACAGCUUGUGAAAACUAUCCAACCACAGUCUCCAGCGCUAGGAUCGAUUUUGGCACAGAUCGGCCAAUAUGUUCUCAUUCUUCGAACCAUUUGCAAUGCAAAACAACUUGCAAAUCGUCACCGAGAUGAUGUUGUUCAAAGAGAUUUGUUAGAAAUUAACAAAUCGUUAACUCAGGGUCCUAAAGAUCUACCAGCGGAAAUGGGAACCAUUCUGAAAUUGAUGAUGCAGUAUUCGAUAUAUAAUCCAGAACGUAUGGUUUUCCGACUGAAGGAUGAGCCGUCGCCAAUUUUCCUUAUUGCUCUUAUCCAAUGUCUGUUACCUAAAAUUGGAGAUCACUACUUCGUGUGCCCAGUGCAAUUGGAGUUUGGCAUUCGUCUAGUUCUACGCCAAUCUCGUCUUCUCCCCUACUUCCUUCCUAUAAUCCAUGAGCAACUUCCAGCAUGCACUCGCCCCAAAAAGAGAAUCGAGGACGUUGAUCGUUUCCUUAAGAGGAUUGUUGAGAAUCUUUGA